GCGUGUCCGCUCGCUCAGGCGCCGUCUUCUCGGCGCGGUUGUGAGGGGGGGAUUCUCUUGUGGCGGCGCCGAACGGAGAGAGGAGGCAAGAUAAGAUGGAGAGCGAGGGGAACCCGCACUGUCCUGGAGACAAACACGAGGAGGAGGAGCGCCUGGAGAAAGAGCACUUCUGGAAAAUCAUUAAUGCUUUUAGAUAUUAUAGGAUUUAUGCUCAUGAGAGGGUAACUCGAUCCGAAAAGCAAUUCCAGUCUCUCCCAGCAGCUCAUCAAAAGCUGCUUCCGAAUUUCCUUCCUCACGUGAAAAGAUUAAGACAGUGUAUUGAACAUAACUAUGAGAUUCUGAAAGCAAUUAUCAACAACUGCAAUCAUAUGUUUGAAAAUAAGGAAUAUGGAGUCAUUGAUAUGGAGGCUGACCUGGGACAAUUGAAACCAGCAUCUACGUUUGACAUGGACAAAUUGAAGUCUACCAUUAAGCAGUUUGUGAGAGAUUGGAGUGAUGAUGGCAAGGCUGAACGGGAUGCUUGUUAUCGACCAAUCAUUGAAGAAAUUGUAAAACAUUUCCCUCCGGAUGAAUGCAAUCCUGCUGACAUGAACAUACUUGUACCAGGAGCAGGACUUGGAAGACUAGCCUGGGAAAUUGCUAGACUGGGUUAUAGCUGCCAGGGUAAUGAAUGGAGUCUAUACAUGCUCUUCUGUUCACAUUUUGUACUCAACAGAUGUACUGGAGUUAACACAAUGACACUGUAUCCCUGGAUACAUCAAUUUAGUAACAACAAGCGAUCAGCUGAUCAGAUUCGGCCAGUCCAUUUUCCAGAUGUUAACUCUCAUAGUCUUCCAUCUCACACUAAUUUUUCUAUGACAGCUGGAGAUUUCCAGGAGAUCUAUACAGAGCCAAACACAUGGGAUUGUGUAGCAACAUGUUUCUUCAUUGACACAGCACAUAAUGUUGUUGAUUACAUUGAAACAAUAUGGAAGAUCCUGAAACAUGGUGGGAUAUGGAUAAAUCUUGGUCCUUUGUUGUAUCAUUUUGAGAAUAUGGCAAAUGAAAAAUCAAUAGAACUGAGCUACGAAGACAUCAGGCACUGCAUACUUCAGUUUGGGUUCAAAAUCGAGGUGGAAAAGAACUCUGUUCCAUCAACAUACACAGAAAAUGACCAAUCUAUGUUAAAGUAUCUUUAUGAUUGUGUCUUUUUUGUAGCCAGAAAACCUUUACAUUCGCCAUCUCUUAAUGGUUUUCCACCAGUAAACAGUUGAGAAAGGGAAUGUUGACUUUUCCUGUGAUAACAAGACUGCAGAAUAUAAAACCGAGAAAGAAGAAGAGUUAAGUUAGAGGUCUGGACAAUCUGAAUGAUUCCAGAGACCGUCGUACUCUAAUUGUGCCUUUUUCUUUUUAAAUCGACUUCAGGAAUUCCAAACUAUCUCAGCAGUUUCAUUUUGGGCGUCUAGAAAUGUGCAAUGAAAUAAAGAGUUAUCCAUAUAAUCAGCAAAAGGAGCAAAGUUAGAGAAGAACGAAAAGAAAAUCUAAUGUCUAACGUUAAUUUGCUAACUGUUGCUGUUAGCAAGGUGUCCUUUGUAUGCACAGUAUUCCAGACUGUUUUAUUUAGAUAUGAAUGAACAUGCAGUAACUAACUUCCCACUGUCUAUCAAGCCAAUUCGUUUCCUCCAUUCCAUAAUUUUCAGAAUAUUUAAUGAGGUUCCCUCUUCCCCAUAGCCCACAUGCUAACACAGGCACACUUACUCCACCUUGGCAAAGUGGAUAACUUUCUUGAACCAUCUCUACAUCUUAACAUCUUUGAUGUUGGAAUAUUAAUGAACGGUUGCAGUUCUCAGUGGGCUUUGAGUUGAAUGUGUGAAAUUCUUUUAGCUAGGUACCUUUGCAGUUACAACAGAUGAUACUUUUUCCACUUGAAGUAUGAAUGGUGUAAAAGGGGAAGUGACUGCAUUUUGAAUUAGGUCGUAGGAAUUCAUUUUUUGCUGUGAUUUGACUAAAAACAACUUUGUCACUCUGUCAUUGUACAAUGUUGACAAUGUGGCAUUUGAAUUGAUGACUGACUCAAUGUUAGCAUUCUUUCAUGCUCCUUGGCUUUGUGCUUACUGUGAUUUAAAACUCAUUAGCUGCCAUUAUUCUAAUGGAAACAACUUGUCGGUUUGCCUAUAAUUUACAUGUUCAAUGUUGUU